CACAGUGCACACAUAACACACAGUGAAAACAUGAUACACACAGUGCACACAGGAUAUACACAUUGCACCCAAGAUACACUCAAUUGCACACAUUAUACACAUACAUUGCACACAUGUAUCACAUAGAAUGCACGCUCACUUUGCACUAGCAUCACACACAUAGCAUUGCAUACUCCAUAGUCAUUGAAUGCAGCAUCCUCCUCCUACUGUACUGACACAGAAGCAGUGCAUGUGCUAUAACGCUCUAGUGACAGACGGGGGAGUGUGCACAGCCUCAUACACAUCCAGCAGCUCUUAUCUGGGGCCUUCACUUGCAAUAGGAGAGACAUGCUCGGUGCCAGCAGCUGAAGGAUGGCCGCUUGCUGUGCCCUGCUGAUGGCCGCACACGAGCUGCUCCCUCUGCUGCCAGCGAUCGCCCACUGCUGCUGCUGUCCAUGGUGCUGAAGGCGCCCCUAGUGUGAGCCGACUCUGGAGGAGAAGCGCUGCAGCCCCUGCAAUGUCACAUUCUGUCAUCCCCGACCCUCCAGCGCUGCUGCUCGGCUAGGAUCCAGCACCCCGGACAGUACUGGAUCCCUCCUGCAGAGAGGUCCCAGGAGGAAGAAGAGGCUUGGUUCUAGCACAGGAAGGAGACCUGGGCGGUCUGCAGUUAUUGGUCACACUGGUGCAUACUGUAUAUAUGUCUGUGUGUGUGGGAAGAGGAGCGUGGGAAGCGGAUCUUUGUCAAGAAGGACAUGAUUGGAAUAAGCAUUGGGCUGGCUUCCUAGUGUUGCCUGAAAGUACGAGACUCUGGGAGAAGAAGGCACAUGAAUGCGCACUUAUUUUGGUGGAUAUACUUUUUUAAUAUACAGUUUUUCUUUUUUACAACAGUAAUCUAUAUAUGAAAAGAAAAAACUGCUCGCUCCUUUCAUUUGUUUUUAUUUUAUUUUUUUCUCCUUUCGGUUUUUGGAAUUAUCCUUGGAUUUAAAAGCCAGACAAUUCACGUAUCUGUGUCACUCCGCGGAGUGAUGCCAGUUAGAAGAGUUUGACCGUAUAUGAGACAAAAUCCGAUUGGAGGGACACGGAGCAGUGCCGAUGGUACAAGGAGAAACAGUCUGAAAGUUCCUGACAUCACUUCAGUGCAAAAUCUUAUCUGGGCAAAAUGGGGGAGCAACCCAUCUUUAGCACCAAAGCCCAUGUCUUCCAGAUUGAUCCAAACACAAAGAAGAACUGGGUUCCCACCAGCAAGCAUGCAGUUACUGUGUCCUAUUUCUACGAUAGCACAAGGAAUGUCUAUAGGAUAAUUAGUCUGGAUGGGUCGAAGGCAAUAAUAAACAGCACCAUCAGUCCCAACAUGACAUUCACUAAAACAUCCCAGAAGUUUGGCCAGUGGGCGGACAGCAGGGCUAACACAGUAUAUGGUCUUGGCUUCUCCUCUGAGCAUCAUCUCACAAAGUUUGCAGAAAAAUUUCAGGAAUUCAAAGAAGCUGCUCGAUUAGCAAAGGAGAAAUCCCAAGAAAAAAUGGAGCUGACUAGUACUCCUUCCCAGGAAUCUGCAGGAGGGGAUAUUCAGUCUCCUUUGACACCAGAAAGCAUUAAUGGAACAGAUGACGAAAGAACAACCCCUGAAGUGACGCAAAAUUCUGAACCAAGGGCUGAACCUACGCAGAAUGCGUUGCCAUUUACACAUAGCAGUUCUGCCAUUAACAAGCACUGGGAAGCAGAACUGGCCACACUCAAAGGAAACAAUGCCAAGCUCACAGCAGCCUUGCUGGAGUCUACUGCCAAUGUCAAACAAUGGAAACAACAGCUUGCUGCGUAUCAGGAAGAAGCAGAGCGUCUCCACAAACGGGUGAGUGAGUUGGAAUGUGUCAGCAGUCAAGCAAAUGCAGUGCAAACGCACAAAACAGAACUGAACCAGACAAUACAAGAAUUAGAAUUCACACUGAAAAAGAAAGAAGAGGAAAUAGAAAGAUUGAAGGAAGAAGUUGAACAUGCUAAAGAACUACAAGACCAGAGAGAUUCACUGAGCCAAAAAUUACAGGAAGUAGAGACGCAUAACAAAGACUUGGAAGGGCAACUGAGUGACUUAGAACAGCGGCUGGAGAAAAGUCAGGGCGAGCAGGAAGCAUUUCGCAAUAACUUGAAGACACUUUUAGAAAUCCUGGAUGGCAAAAUCUUUGAACUCACUGAAUUGCGAGACAACCUGGCUAAGUUGAUACAGCGCAGUUAAAAAGGGCUGCCACCACCAACCUUCUUAAAGACGUACCGUCUCUCUUCACAGCACGGUGGUGGGCUCUGUAUCAGAGUUGCACAAAAUCUGAAUGGGAAAACUCCUUUCCGAGAGUUUAAUUGCAAAUUUCGUAGUUGGCUGAAGUGUGAAAUUGAGACUUGCUUUAUUAGCUAACAGAGAGGAAAUUAAAAAUAAAACUUGAAUUACAAAUUACCUCCUUAUUCCCUUAUUGGCCAUAACGAACUUUAACACAUUCAGUGCUAGGUAGUCCUAAGCUCUAGCCCUGAAUGUACAAGAUUCUUUCCAGUAGUUUUUGAAGCAAUCCAUUUCUGGUUUGCUGACAGAUGAAUAUAUAGAUAUAAUAACAAAAAAAAUUAGUCGCCAGUGUUUUUCCUUUUUCUUUCAUUUUCCUUUAUUUUUUUCAGACAUACUAUACAGAAUAUUGAUUUAUUUUAUAAGUUUUUAUUUUGUUAUUUUCUAUGAAAUACCUGCUUGCAGUGUUUUGUGCAAAAACAAAAAAAAAGCAAAAACAAAAACAAAAAAAAAACCUUAGUGACGGGAAAAGCCCUUUGUAUUUUUGUUGAAAUCUGAACAUUUUCUCAGGAUAUUUUUGCACUGUUGAAAAAAAGUGCAUUACUAAUUCACCUAGCCAGGAGUGAGAGAGACUUCACCCUAACUGAUAAUAGUUAGAGUACCCUCCUACCCAUUGUAUAAUGUUCUUUCUUUUUUAUACUGAAGAUGUCUCUUUACAAACUUCACUCUGGUGUUUAUUUCUUUACUAGAACGUCUGGUGUAAAAAGUUUACCUUUCUUUUUCUUUUGGUUAUUUUAAGGCAGUUUUAUUUCCAAGAAAAAAAAUAAAAAUAAAAAAAUCGGUCUCAUUUUCUUAUACACUGUAAAGCCAACUCCAAAGGCAGCUGAACACUAUGGAGAUUAAAGUUGUUAAAUUAGUAUAUAUUUGAAGAGUAUUACUAAGAAUAUUAUACAAAAGUUUAAUAUAUGGACUUUUAACUGCAUAUGAGUAUGUUUUGAAAUGAAUGCAAAAUGUUUACUUAUG